CCGGGCUAUCGUUCGUUACCUGGCCCCGCAUAACAACCCUGCUUGUGAAUACACGUUGUUUGCUGGUGAAUUCGGAUCAGCUAACUUUAACUACGGCACUAUUGUCACACUCAACCAAGCGGUGUUAUUAUAGAAAAACGAUUGUGUUUUUCCCCUAGCUCUGGCUUGCCGGCUUCCGGCAGGAUUGAAUUUGUGGGGCAGCGCCUAUUCCGAACUGGAAAGCGGUGCGCGGCAUUUAUCCGUAUCCCCGUUGUGGCCAUAACGCGACGUGAAGUUGUAGGUGCGCACCUUUUUCCGAUGUGAAAACUGUGUGUUUGUGCGUACGAGUGCGUGUGUGUGUGUGUGUGUUUGCUAGACGGUAGCUGCCAGUUGGUUGGUUGGGCAUCGAAACAACACCGGGCACCAGACACGGUUUCUGUGGCACAGUGUGGCAAACCGGAAGAAAACAAUAAUAAGACGCAUAAGACGCGGCAAGCGAACAAGAGGGGGGGAGAGUGUGUGUGCAAAAUGUCCAUUUUGCUGCAGGAAACCGGUGGCGGUGGAAGUGGUGGUGUUAGCAGUGGCAGUACGGUGGUGACCGCUGCGGUCGCUAUACCCAACGAGGACGGUCCCGAAGUUUCGUCCCUUGCCGUGCACAGCGUUCCGGCGUCGAAGGAAACCUGUAUGGGAGAUUGUCACUAUGGCCGCAGCUGGAAGGAGUACGUGGACCUACUGGCACAGACGACCGUGGUGGAUGUGGAUGAAAAUGGUGAAAACGAAAAUCAACCCGACACGACCGUUCGAUCCGAAUGCCAAGCGGAUCAUCAUCAGCAGCAGCACCAGCAGCAAAAGCACAGCGAACAUUCGUUUCCGCUCAACUGCCACUGCCGAAUGUGUUUCGUGUCGCGGGAAGUGGUGAUGCAACUGUACGCCGAGGACUGCCAGUACAACUCGCUGUGGGACCGCUUGCAGCUACUGAUGAAGCAGUACUACGAUCUGAUACCGGAAUCCGAGGACAACGCGCUGUACAAUCAGUACAUGGAGCUGAUGAGCAAAUCGUCCCUGAAGUGGUUGACGGAUUUGCGCUUUAGCAGCAACAACAUGAUCCAGAUUUCGCUCGCCUCCAACCUGCCGCUCUCGAACGAGAUGGCCUUCGUGAUGCUGACGAACGUGCUGAGCACACGCGAUCCGCACCAGCUGUUUGAGCUGCUCUGCUUCCAGCUGCGCUCGAUCGUGCAGGUGUACUGCGUCGGGUUUGAGGACCUGUUUACCGAGAAUCCCGAAGACGGUAGCCGCCAGUUUAAUGCGCCCGAAGUGUUGAAGUACAUUGUGAACGGGUACCGGAAGCUGCGGCAAUCCGCCCGCACCGUUACCCCGCUGCUGAACGUGCUGGAACAGUGCCAUCUGGGCAAGUUCGGGCUUACGUGGGGGUUGAUCAAUCAACGCAUUUUCCAGCGUUACUUCUACUACGAGGUGCAGAGCAUACUGCCCGAGUGUAUGCUCCGGCUGCGCGGGUCCCUGCCCGAGCGCGAGUAUCAGGAGCUGGUGGGACGGUUCUUGAAGUUUGACAAGGAAAUGACGGACAUUUCGCUCUCGUGGGCCGAUGUGUGGCCGCUGCUGUACGAGUACCACCGGUCACCGGAGGAUUGCGAGCGGCGCAAGCGCAUCAAGACGCUGCACGCGCUAAUGCAAUCGAUCCGCGGUGCGCGCUACACACCGACCGCACCGGAACUGUUCGAAAAGCCUGAGCGACCGGUCGCGGAAUGGCUGGAGCUGAAGAACAGGAAGCUGGUAUGGGAGUACGUGGUGCACUGUCUGAAAACGAAGUGGAUACCGGGCGUCAGCUCGCGGCUGUCGAACGUGGCCGACAUCGUCAAGUGUCCCGGGUGCGAUCGUCCGCUCAACACGCACAACAUCGUGUGUGCCUGUCUGUCCUGCAUUAUCGGCGGUGGAAUAUUUACCUUCCGGCCGAAGAAGGAAAUUAACGAGCGGUACGGCAUGUGUACGUGUGCGAACAUGAUCGAAAUGUUGCUCGAAAGCCAGGGCAAACCGAUACCGGGCUGCAACGAGGAGGAGGACACUGCAACCCCAAACGUUCGUCAGCUGUUGUCCUCCUCGUUGCUACUGGCCGGCGGUGAAGCGGCCGCCGGCAUGCCGAACGGAUGUGCGAAAGCAGCAUCACCCCACGACGGAGCACGCGUAGCGCUGAAAUCCGAAGACGAUUCCGUGAAGCACGGCACGACGGGCGUUGUUGCUGCGCAGGAUGCGGCCGACUAUCUUCCGCUAAUCGAAUCGUUGCGCGAAGACGACGAGCUGUACCACAUUGCGUGGGCCAUUUUUAAGCACCUGCCCGACCGGCAACCGUACCGAUGGAGCACGCCGGAAACGUCGCGGUUCUGCACGUUUCAGGCGUCCCCGUGUGCGUCGAUCGCUUGCCGCGUGGCGAUCAACAUUAUCGCCAUGAACUAUCCCAUCCAUCUGUCCCGGCUGCUGAUCCAUUCGUACCAACCGGUCAGCGAAGAGCCGCGCCGCAUCAUGAAGGGCAACUGGAACACGAAGGCGCGCAACUCGCUGCGCAAGCUGUGCGAUAACGUGAGCAAGCGCUGGCAUGAGGAGCUGGACGAUCAGAUGCAUCCGCUGCGGUUUGUCGACAUGUUUUGGUCGCUGCAAAACUCCACCCUCAAUCUGCCGAAGACGCGCGCUUCCGAUCUGGCGGAAUGGUUCAUGCUCGACACGCAGCCCCCACCGCGGAAUGUAUUCUAUCAGUAUUUUACCAAGUUUUUCCACGUCAGGGAGGACGAUAUCGUGUUCGAUCUGGAUUGCUACGACCGGUACCGGGAGCGGUCCGUAUCGCCGAACCGGAUGGGCGACAGUUUGAUGCAAAAGCUGGAAUCGAACAGUGCAUUGCUUGCGCCGUGCACUGCCGCCUCGUCCGGCUCAUCCUCCUCCUCCUCCUCCUCGUCUUCGUCGUCCUCCUCGUGUCUGUCCAGCUCGCACUCGUCCUCAUCGUCAUCCUCGUCAUCCGCUUCCUCGUCCUGUUCGUUUUCUACUGCGUCGGCUGCGUCGGUGGCUGCCGCUGCUGCUGCAGCGGCGGCGGCCGCGGCAGCCGCCGCUGCCUCAACGUUUAUCGAACCGAUGGUGGGCGCGACCGCCCCGCUGCCCAAUGGAAGCGGGACCGAGGAGACCCGAGGCUGUACCUGUACGUGCAACAGCUGCGUGACCGAGUUUCUGUCCAAAUCAGAAUCACUCUCGAAACAGUACGACCCACUGGCGAGAGACUCGUGGACUCAGCGCACAAACAUGCUGGAGAUGGAGCUGAAAGCGCUGCUAAAGGAACGGAACAGGCUGCUAGAAAAGGGUGGCGGUAUGAACCACCCGUGCAAGCUAGUGAACUGUGAUGAAACAUGCACCGCGACCGACGUUCCUCCCUCUAAAGUUGAUUUGAAUGUAUCGGUAGGGGGCGAAGAAACGAAAGCAAUAACCCCGCCAACGGAGGCAACCGACGCGACCGACGCGGAAGGACCGGUUGAUAAGGCGAAGGAAGCGAAUGUGAUAUCGUCGGCCUGCCGGGAAGCAAGUGUCACUACCACGAACGCAGCUGUCGGUCUGCCAGCAACAGUAACUGCCAUUUCUCCGUCGAAAGCGUCACUGAACGAGGACAGUGGUGGCGCCAAGUGUGCGUCAGCUGCUCCGGCCGACUGUGCACCGCCGAAGCAUCCGGAGCUCCAAACGCCCGCGAAACUAUCGGCAUUCGCACAGCUUGCCGCAAGUAAGUUGCCGGCACCGGCAGCCCCAAAACCUGCCGCCAAGCAGGAAGCAGCAACCGGCUGUGCAAACGCAGGCUCCCCCAAAAAAUCGAAGGCCCUGCCCGCGGCACAACGUCCAGCCACACCGACGACCCAAACGCACACCGGCACCGGCAACAGCAAGCUGUGCCCGUGCGGUAUUUUGCCUAAACACAUAGCACCGGCUCCGAAGGGCGCGGGGACGGUCGCAAAACCGAGAGCUGCUGCUGCUGCGACCGGUGCAGCAACAACGCAAGCGUCCACCACUACCAACGCCGCGUCGGCCGCGCCCCACGCCAAGGAGGAUCACAAGAAAGCGUGCCACCGAGGGACGGCACCGCCACCCAGUGCCGCCGGUGGUGAUAAAGCGGAAGGAUCGUGCGUUUGCUACUACUGUACGCUGUUCGGGCAGAGUGUAUGUUUAGAAUGUAACCACAAUCAAAGGACGAACGAAACGCGCGAAAAGUUGCGCAAAAAGUUACAGAAACAGCAAAUGAUGAACGACAAAUUGUUCAACGAGGAGCGACAGAAGCAGCAGCAAAAGGCGGCCUCUACCAACGCGAAAGCGAUGCCGACAAAGUCGGGCGCAAGCAGCAGUGCCGUCGCUACACCACCGGCACCGACCGGAAAGCCUAGCAACGUGCCACCUAGCUACCCCGCGCCGCAAACAACGGCCCACAGCGUGAGCAGCAUUAAAACGGCUCCCGAAAGGGGAGCGAAGCAUAAAGCGUCCAAAGCUGCCACAACGGCGGAUCGAAGCGGGACAGGGAAAGGCACCGAACCGUACUUUAAAUCGAUCGACGAUAUAUUGCGCUUCAUCGAAGGAGACGAUACAAUCAAAGGGGCCAGCAGCAACACGUCGAAGUCGGCGGGCAAGUCGAAUCGCACGGAAAAGGGGGACCGCCACGAGAAGCAGCCGGCAGCCAAGAAAGCAGCCACGACAGCAGCAGCAGCAAAAGAUGCGGACGCAGCGGCAGCGAAGAAAGCGACGAAGCUGAACGAAAGUCUGAAAGCGAUCGCCGAGCUGGAGGUGUUGCGGCAGCGAUUUUACGACUGUCAGAAGCAAGAGCAGCAAGCCCUCCAGCUGCUGCAGCAGCAGCAGCAGUCGACACUGAGCAAGAAGGAGCGCAAAGAGCUGCCGCUCAAGCUGCAAGCCUACCGGCAGCAGAAGAAUGAACUGCACGCGGCCAUCAACGGGCUCGUCACCAGUAUACGAAGCGAAAUACCGGAAUACCCAUUCAAGCUGGAAGCGUUCGGCACCGCCGCACCGUCCGCCGCCGGGAUCGAGGAGAACGCCGGUCGGAAAGGGGCGGGGGGGCCGGCCGGUGCGAUGCUGCCACCGCCGCCGGGCGGUAAACCGUCCAACAGCGUGCGUGCCACCACGUUCGCCAAGCUGCAGGAAACGUUAAGCCUGUUCAAGCAAAAGCGCCAACAGCAGCAGCUGGACGAAUGUCAGCAACCGCAGGACCAACUGCUGCAGGAACAUCUGCAGCAGUUUAAGCAGCAGCAGCAGCAGACCGGUGGCAACAACGGUGAAUCUGCAGCACAGCAGCUGGUUACAAUAAAGCGUACCUUCCUGCCCCAUCCACAGCCACAGAUAACGGUCACGGCAAAGGGUGAUUCGCCCGACCAAGAUCAGGUACUGUACACGUUCAUCAAUGGGCAGAUGGUGCCCGUCAACAACGGAGCACCGGCCCCGGCAGGUGCUGAGCUAAUCAACCAGCACCAACUCACGCCGGCUGGGCGGCAACAAGUUUGGCCACCAGGCAAGGAUGUGUCGACCGGGUUCGAUAAAGCGAAACCGCAAACGGCAAAGCCACUGGCCGAUUUUAGCUGGAAGGAGAAAAGUCUCAUCGAGGAGUACGUUGAGCAGCUGUACCAGCAACCGUUGGACGGGAUGCAUCAUCACCUGCCGGAAGGUGAACGGCCGGGCAAACGAUCAUCGGCGAAGAAGAAGGGCGCAACGGCGGCAGCGCAGGACGGGGUAGAUCCUCAACCCAACCAGCAACCGUACAUAUCGAUGCACGAUAUCAUACUGACGCAAAUGAUCGUCAAUCUGCAGGCCGAUCCGAACGGUGAUCCGGAACUGAUUUCGAUCGCCCAGAAGAUGAAGAAAGAUUUGCACGAACUGCAAACGAAAAGGCAGGAAAAGGUGCCAUCGGGGAAAGCCGUGGGUGGGCCGGUAAAGUGCAGUAUCGGUACGGCACCACCACCACCGCCGGCACCGCUGAGCAAUCAACAGCCACCGAAAAAGCCGGAGCCCGCAGCAAAGCCGGCUGCCACCAGCAACGGAACGGUGGCCAGCAAUGGCAAACCGAAGAAGGGCACCACCAAGAAGGACAAAAUGAUAGAGGAGAUCGAUGAAAUAGUGGCACGCCUGAACCUGCUCGAUAGCGACGAAGAGCACCAAACCAAACCGUCGUCGUCGAAGCACGGACGGAAGCAAAGGCAGUCGGCAGCGGCGCAGCCAAAGGUGUUGAAUCGGAAGCAGAGCAAAGAUUCCAUCGUGUCCAGCAGUAGCGGCGGCAAUGCGUCCGGUACGAAGCAGCAGCAUCAAUCGCAGCAGCCAUUGCAAGACGCACGCAGGAAGGGCAAGGUCAACGAGCACGACGACCAGACUGGUGGUGGUGGUGUGAAAGAGAAAGCAACCGGUAAAGACAAAGGUAAGGUUCAAUCGCAGCAGCCCGCUACCAGCUCGGUGGAUACUGUUGCAUCAGCGACGGUGGAAACCACCAGCAAACCCGUCGUGCGUAAGAAGGCGCCCAAAACGUUUAUCGACCCGGAGUUUGAUAACAACGCGUUCCGGUUGCUCAAUAUGGAUGAUUCCGAGUCCGAGAUCGAGGAGGAAGAGGAGGCAGAGGGGGAAGAGCUUCCGGCCGGGGAAAAGCAGUUACAUUCGGCGGUGACUGUGUUACAGCAGGAGCAAAGCAAACCGAAAUCGAAAGAAUCCACUCCGGAAAUCCGCGCAGAAGCCGAGCAGGGCAAAGCAAAAGCGCACGCCCAACCAACGGCACAAAAGGAGCGGAAAGCUUCCCAAAAGAAGGCAUCCGCCAAGCAAGAGCCGCCGGCGUCCGGUAAGCAGCAAAGGCAGCGCGAGGAUGCAGAGGGUGGUGGAAAGCCGGCCGCUCAAGAUGCUGCUUCGGAACCCCGACCAAAGAAACAAACGCCGGCCCAAGCGAUGGUGGAGAAAAUUAGCGCCCUGCUCGACAGUCCCGGUCUGUCGAACCGGCAGCGCAAGCAGAUGAUCCGCCAGCUCGAACAGGCCCAGGCCACGAUCCAAUCGCAGCUGCUGCAAAACGCGGCCAAAGCCACCAAGGCCAAGGUGCAGGCACAGGCGCAGCAGGAAAAGAUUGCGAAUCAAAUGGCGGUGGGCACGAAGCCGAGCACCGGCCGGGAACCGGUCGCCGGCAAGGCAACGAAACCAUCCUCAACCACGGUGGACAAUGGUGGGACGAGCGGUGGCAGUGGAGCUGCGCGCAACAGUCUGAUGGAGCAGCUGAGGCGUGGCAUUCGGGCCGAAGGGUUGGAUCUGCCGCCCGGCAUCACGCUCACACGGCUCGACGCGAUACAGGCGGAAGCGUUGCGGCUGAAGCGCGAAUCGAUACGGAAGCUAAGCGUGCCGGCGGCCGCACCGAUCGUGCCACCGGCGGAUCCCGCUUCCGCCGCUAUGCUGGCCGGUUCGUUCGGUGCGGGUAGCCCCGCGAACGCCGGCAUGUUUGUCGUUAAUCCGAUGGCACCGAUCGCUCUGCCCGGGCAGGAUUCGGUAAUCAUGGUUAACACGGGCAAAUUACGGAUCCAGGAGCCAUCCCCCGCCGCCGCUGCGACGCUGCCAGAACCCACCCAGAAUGGCACCGACCGUAAGAAGCGCAACAAACGGCGCAAAAACAAGGGCAAAGAGCAGGACGCAAGCGAUCAGCUGUCCGCUGCCGUUGGUGCAUCCGUGCCCGGUGCUGGCGUGGACGGUGGACCGAGAGCGUCCGGCGGCCAACUUGCCGACGGAAGCAACAUUGUAACGCUGCGCAAUCCCAUGUUUCACAGCGCCCCUAUCGCGCACGGUAUGGGGGGAGCCGGCGCAGGGCUGGUACAUCCUGCCGGCGCCGGUGCACCGAUGAUGUCGGACGUGCAGGGCGCCCGGAUGACGCUCGGGUACGAUCAGCCGGCAAAGAUUUUCAAAAACGAUAACGGCAUGUUUACCAUACGCAAUCCGGCGCUGCACCAUGCGGUAUCGGGCGGUGCACCGUCGGAGGUAACCGGGUUCCGCCCGUUCAAUGCCGCCUACCUGGUGGAGAAUGGCAUAAUGCCACCGUCCGGCAGCAUGCAGCAUCCGAUGGGUUCGGCGGUACCGCACGUCACUGCGGCCGUAUCGUCCGGCCCCGGGACAAUCGGGCCCGGCAGUGCCAGCAGCAGCAUGCCAGCGUACCUGCAGCAGCAGCAGCAGUAUCCGGCACCGGCGCUGGAUGAAAGCAUGAUGGGGCCGCGCAAGUGUAAAUCCGUGAUCGGUAGCGAGAUGAAGAAUGCGCAAAAGCAGAAGCAAAACUCUCUGCAGGGUGGCCUUGCCGGUGGGAUGGCGUCAGCGUCGGGCAGGAGCUGGCAGCACAUGAACGGCACUGCCUGUCAGGAUAUGUUCAGCGCACGUUCCGCGUCACCCGGCGCCACGCAUGCCGGCAGUGGCCUCGGCGAGUCGCACUAUUCGUCGUUCACUCACUACAACCUCACCGGGCAGGAGCUUAUGCAUGGUGCGAGUCCGGCCGGCCGGUACGGGGGUACGGGUAUGUUGGGCCCGCCCGGGUACUAUCAGAGCGCCGGUGGCAAUGGUGCGACGCCCAAAGGUUCGCCCACCGUGAGUGCGAUCGGUUCGGAACGAUCGCACGGUCUGUCGUAUCUGGGCGGUGCUGAUGUGACGAGCAGCUUGGCGACGCACUGCUGCGACGAUGAAGCACCGAGCGCGUACUUUAACGGCAACAGUCUCGGCAGCCUGGCAACCGGUACGAUCGGCAGCCGAACCCGGUACGAUGAUCUUGCCUUUCUGCAAAACUUGCAACCGGGCCAGCGGCUCAACAGUGAGGUUACCAUACACAGCAUCAACGAGUCGAAGAUGCGUCGGCAGCAGGCACAAAACUAUACGCACGACAUUCAAAUCACGGCCAUACCGGCACCGUCACCGCCCGGCAGUGGAAGAACCGUCGGAAUGGGGGCACCGGUGGCGCCGACCACGGUGUCACUGCAGCACCUAAUGCAACAGGCGCACCAUGCAGCGAACCAUGAGCAACAGCCCCAGGACGGUCAGCUGCACCGGUCCGAGCUCAGUCCCGGGUCCGGUUCGGUAGGGUCGGGCAGCGGUUCCGGUGUCGCGUUAACCGAUUUCAUGGACAGCCGUGUGUCGGGCGGUGGUAGCAGCUCAUCCGCCUCGGCCGAUAUGUUGGCCUCUUCGCUAGAGCUAGACGCGAAAAGCUUUUUGCGCGAGUAUCAGCUGGGGCAACUGCAGCAGCAGAUGCAAGAUCUGCAGCUACAGUCACUGCAGCAGCAACUGUCGGGCGAAUUCGGAGAUAACAUGUUCGCAGCGAAGCAACCGAACGUUGGUGGGGCCGACCGGACGGAUUCCAACGAGCAGGAUCGAGAAUCGGUGGCCCGUCUCAAUUAUUUCUUUAAUGCGGCGGGUGGCACCGGCACCAGCUCAUGCUUGAGCUUGAACCACAAACCAACCGCGCACAGUGCGUCGGCAGGCGCGGCGGGGGAGUCAGUGUCCGCCAGCGUUACGGACGAGCCAGAGCAAAGCAAUCCCGGGGGCGUUAGUAUCGGUGGCGAGGAACUGCACCGACCGCAACAGCCUCCAAUCGGGACACCUUCCAGCAAGUGCGGCCAGCAGCAACGGUUACAGCACAAUGGGACACCGAUCUCAACGGCCGGCAGCGUACUGUAUCCGGCUACGGCCGACAGUCCGGCCUCCUCGGUGUUCGAUGGUAUCUCGUCAUCGCUGAGCAGCCAGGCACACUCGUUCGACGAUCUGUACACUGGUCUGCUGGGAACGGCUUCACCGCCAACGUCGAUCGCUGGCAGCAGCGAAAGCGCCGCAUGCAACACGCACCUAAAGCAGCAGCUAAGCGAGCUGCGUCAUCCGGUGAGUUGCUCCGACACGGUGCCGCCGUUGGGCGUUGGUGCGUACGUCACGUCCAGCGUAAAUGGUCUGUCGGAGGCGGUGGUGGGAAAAGGCGCAGACCAGUCCGACAGUCCUGCUACGGUAACUAGGAAGUAAAAUCUGUCCGAAGGGAAGGCUUUGUUUCCGCAAAGGUCAAGGUGGAAUGGUGGAACACCACAGGUUCUUCAAUACAGACAACUUACUAAACCAAUGUUUGAUUUUACAACUACGUUGAGUGCUCAACCACGACAUACGAUCGAUCCUCUCUGCUUCACUGUAGCGACACUAGGGAACCGAACACUUCAUUGUGCUGUUUAUAUUUGUCUGGUUAAACAGUGUUUUUGGUUUGUUUUACAUCUUGAAAAGGAUUUAGGAAUAGGGGUAGCAAGGUUCGAAAACAGAUGUUUCGCGGAUCGUGGCACACGCGUGGCAAGCGAACGGUUCGAAUUCGAGGAAGAUUGCUUUUAGGCUGCCGAACAAGAAACAGCAUGUACAUAUAUACAUUGGUCAGCUCCGUGAGCAGCAGGCGUAUGCAGAAGCUUCCAAACGAUAUUCUACGAAGAAGUACCGGAGACAGGUUGCAAACUAGAGUUUUCGCUGGCAAGGGUUGUGUGUGAGUGUGUAUUGCAGCGAUCCAAGCAAGAAGAGGAGUGCAGGAAAGGAAAAUAUAGCAAUAUACUGAAGGAAAUGC